AUGGCGAAAUUUCUGAAUCUUUUGGUGGGACUUAUGCUUUUGACAUGUUGUGUGUCAAUAACAGAGGCAGAGUAUUUGAAAUACAAAGAUCCAAAACAGCCAUUAAAUAUUCGAAUCAAGGAUCUUAUGAAAAGGAUGACUUUGGAAGAGAAAAUUGGCCAAAUGGUGCAGAUCGAACGCACUGUUGCUUCUGCUGAUGUCAUCAAGAACUAUUUCAUUGGGAGUGUGUUGAGUGGAGGUGGAAGUGUUCCAAAAGUCAAUGCAACUGCAGAGGAUUGGGUUGACAUGGUGAAUGAGCUUCAAAAGGGUGCUUUAUCAACAAGGCUGGGAAUUCCGUUAAUUUAUGGAAUUGAUGCUGUUCAUGGCCAUAACAAUGUUUAUAAAGCAACGAUUUUUCCUCACAAUGUUGGGCUAGGAGCUACUAGGGACCCAGCACUUGUGAGGAAGAUUGGGGAAGCAACUGCUCUUGAAGUUAGAGCUACCGGGAUUCCAUAUGCGUUCGCACCUUGCAUUGCGGUGUGUAGGGAUCCAAGGUGGGGAAGGUGUUAUGAAAGUUAUAGCGAAGAUCAUAGGAUAGUCCAAGCUAUGACAGAGAUCAUCCCUGGAUUGCAGGGUGAAAUUCCUGCAAACUCUCCCAAGGGUGUUCCCUAUGUUGCUCCUGGAAAAACAAAAGUUGCAGCUUGUGCUAAACACUUUGUUGGUGAUGGAGGAACUAUAAAAGGAAUCAAUGAGAACAACACAGUGAUAGAUAGACAUGGAUUGCUUAGCAUUCACAUGCCAGCUUAUGAUAACUCAAUUAUUAAGGGUGUGGCAACUGUCAUGGUCUCUUACUCAAGCCUCAAUGGAGUUAAGAUGCAUGCUAACCGUGAUUUAGUCACUGGUUUCCUCAAGAAGACACUUCGUUUCAGGGGUUUUGUGAUAUCUGAUUAUCAAGGCAUUGAUAGGAUUACUUACCCUCCUCAUGCUAACUACACAUAUUCUGUUCUAGCUGGAGUAAAUGCUGGAAUUGAUAUGGUCAUGAUUCCAUUUACUUACAAGGAAUUCAUAGAUGACUUAACUUCUUUGGUGAAAAAUAAUUUUGUGCCCAUGAGUAGAAUUAACGAUGCAGUGAAGAGAAUUUUAAGGGUUAAGUUUGUGAUGGGUCUUUUUGAGAAUCCACUUGCUGAUUACAGCCUCGUCAACCAGAUAGGAACUCAGGAGCAUAGAGAAUUGGCUAGGGAAGCUGUGAGAAAAUCUCUGGUGCUGUUGAAGAAUGGUGAAAAUGGUGAUGAGCCAUUGAUUCCUCUUCCUAAGAAAGCACCAAAGAUUCUUGUUGCUGGAAGCCACGCUGAUAAUCUUGGCUUUCAAUGUGGUGGUUGGACCAUUACUUGGCAAGGACAAGGUGGCAACAACAUUACUAAAGGUACAACAAUUCUUAGUGCUAUUAAAAACACUGUUGAUAAAGACACAAAGGUAGUUCACAAGGAGAACCCAGAUCUAGAGUAUGUGAAGUCAAAUAAUUUCUCAUAUGCCAUUGUUGUGGUUGGAGAGGAGCCAUAUGCAGAAACAAAGGGUGACAGCAAGAACUUAACAAUCUCUCACAAUGGAUAUGACACUAUAAAGAAUGUGUGUGGAGGAAUCAAAUGUGUUGUUGUAGUAAUCUCUGGUCGCCCAUUGGUUAUGCAACCAUAUAUUGAGACCAUUGAUGCACUUGUUGCUGCAUGGCUUCCAGGAACAGAGGGACAAGGUGUUGCUGAUGUUCUGUUUGGUGAUUAUGGUUUCACUGGCAAGCUUCCAAGAACAUGGUUCAAGACUGUUGAUCAGUUACCUAUGAAUGUUGGUGAUUCUCAUUAUGAUCCUCUCUUCCCCUUUGGAUUUGGCCUCACUACCAAACCAGUUAAUUAAACUCAAUUGAU